AUGGCCGAGAGGAAACUGAACGGUGGCAGUGGCGGCGCCUCAGCUUCCUCCUCGGGCACUAACUUACUCUUCUCCUCCUCUGCCACGGAGUUCAACUUCAGUGUGCCCUUCAUCCCAGUCACCCAAGCUGCUGCUUCCCCGGCCUCCCUACUCUUGCCCGGAGAGGAUUCCACAGAUGUCGGUGAGGAGGACAGCUUCCUUGGCCAGACUUCUGUACACACCUCGACACCACAGACAUUUAGCUACUUCUCUCAGGUCCCGAGCAGUGGCGAUCCUUUUGGAACUAUUGGACAGUCACCAUUAACAACUACAGCAGCAUCGGUUGGACAGUCUCCAUUCUCUAAACCCCCAACUACUCUCCCUUUUACAACGGGAUCCCAAGAUGUGCUGAAUGCCUUUCCACCUUCCGUUUCCAAGGCUCAGUAUGGGGCUCCAUCCACGCCGCAGAUGGGAAUAAAUGCUUACCUGCCUUCUCAACAAAGCAGUCUCCCUCCUUCCAAUUUUGGGAGUCCGCCCCCAGGAACAUCUCAACAAGGAUAUAAUCCGUAUCGACGCACUCCUGUCGGCCCCUGGGCUAAUCCGUAUAUUACACCACCGCAGCUGCAGCAGAGCCAAACGCCCGGCCACCUCAUCCACCCGGCGCCCUCAGGACCCCCGAUGCAGACGUAUCAGGUGCCUCCUGGAUCCUUGCCACUGGUUCCUCCUUCAGUGCAGACCACCUUGUCCUCACCCUCCCAGCAGCAGGCACUGGCUCGACCCGUUGGCCCCCUGGUGCAGGCACCACCCCCAUCACCUUUUCUGCUUCAAAACCAGUACGAGCCGGUUCAGCCCCACUGGUUUUACUGCAAGGAGGUAGAAUCCAAACAACUGUGGACGCCUUUCAGUUUGUACGACUCUCGGAAUCUUGAAGAAAUAUAUAAUUCAGUCCAACCAGAGCCCGAGAGUGUGGUCCUGGGGACGGAUGGAGGCCGAUAUGAUGUGCACCUCUGUGACCGAGUCAGGAAGCCUGUGUACUGGGAAGAGGAGCCAGCUGAAGUACGGCGUUGCACGUGGUUCUACAAGGGGGAUGCAGAUAGCAGGUUUGUUCCCUACACUGAGGAGUUCAGCGAAAAUCUGGAGGCUGAAUAUAAAAAAGCUGUCACCAUGAACCAGUGGCACCGCAGAUUGGAGUUCCCCAGCGGUGAGACGAUUGUUAUGCACAAUCCCAAGGUCAUUGUUCAGUUCCAGCCUUCCGCAGUCCCAGAUGAAUGGGGGACUACCCAGGAUGGACAGACAAGGCCCAGGGUUGUCAGACGUGGGGUUGACGAUGGCCUUGACGACAUUCCUGACGGGGAGCUGCCUCAGGUGGACCAUUUAGUGUUCGUGGUGCAUGGCAUCGGACCCGUAUGUGACUUGCGAUUCAGGAGCAUUACGGAAUGUGUUGAUGAUUUUAGGGUGGUUUCUCUCAAAUUGCUGCAGACACAUUUUAAGAAAUCUUUAGAUGAUCAGAAAAUAAGCAGAGUGGAAUUCCUUCCGGUUCACUGGCAUAGUUCCUUGGGUGGGGCUGCCACAGGUGUCGACAGGAACGUUAAGAAAAUCACCUUACCAAGUGUUGGUCGGUUCCGGCACUUUACCAAUGAAACUUUGCUAGAUAUUUUGUUUUACAAUAGCCCCACCUACUGUCAGAGGAUUGUGGAGAAAGUAGGAAUGGAGAUAAACCGGCUGCAUGCGCUCUUCAUGAGUCGGAACCCAGACUUCAAAGGCGGGGUCUCCGUGGCUGGUCAUAGUUUAGGUUCUUUAAUAUUGUUUGACAUACUGUCAAAUCAGAAAGAUUUGAAUUUGUCCAAGUCUCCGAGGUCUCUUGCUGUUGCUAACGGAGUAGUGAAGCAGACACAUUUUCCGGAAAAGCAGAUGAUCGAAGAUCCAAAGCUGACUUUGGAUGAGUCUUGUGACCUUGAUGUUGAAAAUGAAGAUGUCCUAACUUUACAGGGAACUCUGGAAGCUCUCAGCCUCUCUGAAUAUGUCAGCACUUUUGAAAAGGAAAAGAUUGAUAUGGAGUCUCUGCUUAUGUGCACAAUUGAUGACUUGAAGGAGAUGGAGAUACCUCUGGGGCCCAGGAAGAAGAUCGCUAACUUUGUCAAACAUAAAGCAGCCAAACUGCUGCAGAAGAAAGCAGCUUCAGACAGAAAGGCACUGGUGGCCACUUUGACAAAAGGGCAAGAGGGAAGUGCUCAGAAAGCUGAAGAAACAGCUUCUCUCCCCUCAGAAUUGAGUGAGUCAAAGAGGAAACUUCCUGUUGGUGCUUACGUUUCGUCUGUGCACGUUGAUUAUGAGUCUUUCGAAGUUGGCACCGGGCAGGUUUCUGUGGUUUACAACUCAUUAGACUUUGAACCAGAGAUUUUCUUUGCCUUGGGAUCUCCGAUUGGUAUGUUUCUCACUAUUCGAGGAGUGGACAGGAUAGACGAGAACUACAAGCUUCCUACCUGUAAAGGGUUCUUCAAUAUUUAUCAUCCACUGGAUCCAGUGGCGUAUAGAUUAGAACCUAUGAUUGCUCCCGAUGUGGACCUAAAGCCAGUUCUCAUUCCACAUCACAAAGGCAGAAAAAGACUUCAUUUAGAGUUGAAAGAAAGUCUCUCUCGAAUGGGAUCUGAUUUGAAGCAGGGUUUCAUUAGCUCUCUGAAAAGUGCUUGGCAGACGUUAAAUGAGUUUGCCCGUGCUCAUACUUCUUCCACUCAAUUGCAAGAAGAACUGGAGAAGGUCGCCAAUCAGAUCAAAGCAGAGGAAGAGAAGCAAGUAGAUGAAGCGGAAAAGAUUAUUGAAGGUCCAGAUUUUUCCAAGGAUGAGGACUACUUAGGAAAGGUUGGACUGCUAAACGGAGGCCGCCGGAUCGACUAUGUUCUUCAAGAGAAGCCGAUAGAGAGUUUUAAUGAGUAUCUUUUUGCUCUUCAGAGUCACUUAUGCUACUGGGAAUCUGAAGAUACUGCCUUGUUACUACUUAAAGAAAUUUAUCGAACAAUGAGCAUUAGUCCAGAACAACCCCAGCAAUGA